GAGUAGGGUGGUACUUGAAUCAGUGAAGUGACUGGAGCUGGAGGUGCUGGGAGAGGGACGGACAACAGUUGAUGGUCCCAUAAUCUCACGGACUCAUUCAACAAAGGUAAAUAGGCCCAUCUUGCUCCCUGCAAUUCCGUUCCCGUGCAGUUGCGUUAGUAUUACAGUUACCCCACACAGAAAAUUAAAAGAAACGAAAUUUCUCUCAAGGAACAACUGAGAGAGAGAGAUCACACAAACAACUUCCUUGGACUCAUGAGAUCGAGCAGCGACGGCGGCAUGUUUCCUUGGACUCACCGCCGCCACCUCCUCCAAUCGCAUUCUCCUCUCCACCUGCUGCAUUACUGCACCUCCUCCACCUCCAUCUCCAGGGAUCCCUUCGCCAUCGCCUCCAUGGCCUCCUCCUCCUCCUCCUCUUCACACCUCCACGCGCACUCCCUUAAGCUGGGCACGCUCGCUCACACCUUCAACAUGAAUCACCUCCUCAUCUACUACGCUAGGCGGGGCCUUCUCGACUCAGCACUCAAGGUGUUCGACGAAAUGCCGCAAAGGAACCUCGUCUCCUGGACAGCCAUGGUCUCUGCCUCAACGGGCAAUGGCGCGCCCCACCUGGGCUUUCGUUUCUUCGUUUCCAUGAUCAGGAGCGGCUUCUGCCCCAACGAGUUCUCGCUCGCAACCAUGCUCACUGCCUGCCACUCCAUGGUGGCCCAUUCCUCCAAUAAGCUCCUCAUCGCCCUUUCGCUCCACGGUGUUGCCGUCAGAGCUGGCCUGGAUAGCAAUCCUUUUGUGGGGAGCUCUCUGCUGCUCAUGUACGCAAAGCAUGGCCGCAUUGCUGCUGCACAGCGUGCAUUCGCACAUAUCAGGAACAAAGAUUUGACGUGCUGGAAUGCCAUGCUCGAAGGAUAUGUUUUGAAUGGUUUUGGGCAUCAUGCCAUUCGUACGGUGCUCCUGAUGCAUCAUUCUGGGCUUGCACCUGACCGGUACACCUAUAUUUCUGCUGUUAAGGCUUGUUCAAUCAGUGCGCAGUGGGAUCUUGGGCGACAGCUUCACUGUCUUGUCAUCCACAGCAUGCUCGAGUCCAAUACCUCGGUCAUGAAUUCCCUUGUUGAUAUGUAUUUCAGAGCCAGACAGAAGGAAACUGCUGCUUCUGUCUUUCGCAAGAUUAGACAAAAAGACACCGUGUCUUGGAAUACCAUGAUUUCAGGUUUUGCGCAUGAUGAAGACGACAAGGCAGUUUUUGGCUGCUUGAUUGACAUGUCACGAAUCGGAUGUAAACCUAAUGAGGUUACUUUCUCUGUCUUGUUGAGGCUGAGUGGUGCUAAAGAGAAUGAAUCAUUGGGCCUUCAGAUCGUUGCCCUUGCCUACCGUCAUGGCUAUACUGACAAUGUUCUUGUAGCAAAUGCAGUAAUCAACAUGCUAUCCAGAUGUGGAUUGCUCAACCGUGCAUAUGGCUUCUUCUGUAGUCUCACAUCCACAAACAUUGUGACAUGGAACGAGAUGAUUGCAGGUUAUGGUCUCUUCAGUCACUCUGAAGAAACAAUGAAGCUCUUCCGCAGUUUGGUUUGCUUUGGAGAAAGACCUGAUGAGUUCACCUACUCAGCUGUUCUGUCUGCCUUCCAGGAAGCUCAAGGUGCAAGGGAUCAUGAGCAAAUCCACGCAACUAUUCUGAAACAAGGUUUUGCCUCCUGUCAGUUCGUGUCCACUUCACUGAUCAAGGCAAAUGUAGCAGCGUUUGGGUCAGUUCAGAUUUCACUAAAAAUCAUCGAGGACGCUGGCAAGAUGGAGCUGGUGUCAUGGGGAGUCGUUAUCUCAGCAUUCCUGAAGCAUGGCCUGAACGAUGAGGUCAUUUUCCUUUUCAACUUGUUUAGAGGUGACUCCACCAACAAGCCUGAUGAGUUCAUCCUGGCAACCGUCCUAAAUGCCUGUGCAAAUGCUGCAUUGAUCAGGCACUGCAGAUGCAUCCAUUCGCUUGUUCUCAAGACAGGUCAUUCCAAGCACUUCUGCGUAGCUAGCGCUGUUGUUGAUGCCUACGCGAAAUGUGGUGAGAUUACCUCUGCAGAGAGCGCUUUCACCGUUGUUUCAUCAGGAACCGACGAUGCCAUCCUGUACAACACCAUGCUGACAGCUUAUGCCAACCAUGGUUUGAUCCACGAAGCUCUCAACCUCUACGAAGAGAUGACAAAGGCUAAAUUGAGUCCAACACCAGCCACAUUCGUUGCCAUUCUGUCAGCCUGCAGCCAUUUGGGGCUAGUCGAGCAGGGGAAGCUUGUGUUCAGCACCAUGCUGUCUGCGUAUGGCAUGCAUCCAGCAAGAGCCAACUACGCCUGCCUGGUUGAUCUCCUGGCAAGAAAGGGGCUACUCGACGAGGCGAAGGGUGUGAUCGAUGCAAUGCCGUUCCAACCAUGGCCUGCAGUUUGGAGGUCGCUGGUGAUCGGUUGCCGGAUACAUGGGAACAAGCAACUUGGCGUGCUUGCGGCAGAGCAGAUCCUGAGAAUGGCGCCGAGCAGCGAUGGCGCUUAUAUUUCGCUGUCAAACGUGUAUGCUGACGAUGGAGAGUGGCAGUCUGCAGAGGAGACCAGGAGGAGGAUGGUUCAGAAUCACGUUCAGAAGUUGCAAGGGUACAGCAGGAUUGAGAUGUAGUAGGAAUGUUCUAUAUAUAUUUUAGAUUGGCUAACAGUAACUACUGAUUGCUGAACGGAAUUGCUAAAAAAAAUGUGAAUACUUCCAUGUGUCCAUGUUAGAUGUUGGAGGAAGCAUAGACUGAACGUGAAUACUUCUUUCUUGUAACAAUGUUUGGAAGAAAGCAAGUAAAUCCUGGAAACAUGUUGGAUA